AUGGCGACGUACGAAGAGUUUAUACAGCAAAACGAAGAUCGAGAUGGAAUACGAUUUACAUGGAAUGUGUGGCCUUCGAGCAGAAUCGAAGCAACAAGGCUUGUGGUUCCCCUCGUUAGUUUGUACCAGCCGUUGAAGGAACGGCCGGAUCUUCCACCUAUUCAAUAUGAGCCAGUGCUAUGUACGCGCAAUACGUGUCGUGCUGUAUUGAAUCCUAUGUGCCAAGUUGACUAUAGAGCAAAGUUAUGGGUGUGCAACUUCUGCUUCCACAGAAAUCCUUUCCCUCCCCAAUAUGCUGCAAUAUCAGAACAACAUCAACCAGCCGAGCUGAUUCCUAAUUUCUCAACAAUAGAGUACACCAUAACUCGGGCACACAGCAUGCCCCCCAUCUUCCUUCUAGUUGUGGAUACUUGUAUGGAUGAAGAGGAACUUGGAGCAUUGAAAGAUUCCCUGCAAACCUCACUCAGCUUGAUGCCACAGAAUGCUCUUGUGGGCCUCAUAACCUUUGGACGUAUGGUUCAGAUACAUGAAUUGGGAUCUGAAGGAAUAUACAAGUGCUAUGUAUUCAAAGGUACAAAGGAUUUAACAGCCAAACAGAUUCAAGAGCAACUUGCCAUCGGAAGAGUGAAUGUACCCAACCCUCAGCAGAGACAAGUGGCCCCGGUGCCACAAACCCCUGCUCACCGAUUCCUGCAACCAGUUAAACAGUGUGAUAUGGCUCUAACUGACUUGUUAAGUGAAUUGGGCCGUGACCCCUGGCCACUGGGUGUCGGCAAACGUCCAUUGAGAAGCAGUGGAGUAGCUCUCUCUUUAGCUGUUGGGUUAUUGGAAGUAACCUAUCCUAAUACAGGAGCUAGGAUAAUGAUGUUCCUAGGUGGUCCUUGCUCUCAGGGCCCAGGUCAGGUUGUAAAUGAUGAAUUGAAGCAACCCAUUCGUUCUCAUCAUGACAUUCAGAAGGACAAUGCUAAGUACAUGAAGAAGGCUAUAAAACAUUAUGAGGCAUUAGCUUUGAGGUCUGCCACUAAUGGUCAUGCUAUUGAUAUUUAUUCAUGUGCGUUGGAUCAAACUGGUCUAAUGGAGAUGAAGCAAUGCUGCAAUUCUACUGGUGGUCACAUGGUAAUGGGAGAUUCAUUUAAUUCAUCUCUAUUCAAACAAACAUUCCAACGUGUGUUUGCUAAGGACCAGAAAGGCGAUUACAAAAUGGCAUUCAACGGAACUAUGGAAGUUAAAUGCAGUAGGGAACUUAAGAUCUCCGGAGCGAUUGGUUCAUGCGUGUCCCUCAAUGUGAAAGGGCCCUGUGUCUCUGAUCAAGAGGUUGGCAUGGGCAACACCUGCCAGUGGAAGAUGUGCACUUUUACACCUAGCACCACCAUGGCUAUUUUCUUUGAGGUGGUGAAUCAACACGCCGCGCCGGUACCACAAGGUGGACGUGGCUGUGUUCAGUUCAUCACCAACUACCAACACUCCAGUGGACAGAGACGCAUCAGAGUUACUACAAUUGCACGCAACUGGGCGGACCCCGCGGUGAACCUGCCGCACAUAUCGGCCGGCUUCGACCAGGAGGCGGCGGCGGUGGUGAUGGCGCGGCUGGUGGUGUACCGCGCCGACCACGAGGACGGGCCCGACGUGCUGCGCUGGCUCGACCGGAUGCUCAUACGAUUGUGCCAAAAAUUCGGCGAGUACGGCAAGGACGAUCCCAAUAGCUUCCGUCUCUCCGAGAACUUCAGCUUGUACCCGCAGUUCAUGUACCACCUGCGGAGGUCGCAGUUCCUGCAGGUGUUCAAUAACUCGCCCGAUGAGACCACUUUCUAUAGGCACAUGCUGAUGCGCGAGGACCUCACCCAAUCGCUGAUCAUGAUCCAGCCGAUCCUCUACUCUUAUAGCUUCGGUGGACCUCCGGAGCCUGUGCUGUUGGAUACCUCGUCCAUACAACCUGACCGCAUUCUGCUCAUGGACACCUUCUUCCAAAUACUUAUAUAUCACGGAGAGACGAUAGCGCAAUGGCGCGCGCUCCGCUACCAAGACAUGGCGGAGUACGAGAGCUUCGCGCAGCUGCUGCGCGCGCCCGUCGACGACGCGCAGGAGAUACUGCAGACGCGCUUCCCCGUGCCGCGCUACAUCGACACGGAGCACGGCGGCUCGCAGGCACGAUUCCUGUUGUCUAAAGUGAACCCAUCGCAGACACACAACAAUAUGUAUGCCUACGGAGGGGCGAUGCCGGUACCAUCUGCGGACGGUGGCGCCCCCGUGCUUACAGAUGACGUUUCGCUGCAAGUGUUCAUGGAGCACUUGAAAAAGCUAGCUGUGUCCUCAACAGCCUAACAAAAACCUAAAACUGGUCAAUUUAUAAAGGACUGGUUAUCAAAUAGGUAGUACUAGGCACUAGAAGGCUUUAGUCCACGAGCAUUCUUUUACUUGUGUGCUUAAAUAAGGCAAAUAUAUAAAGAAAUUCAAAGCAAUUACAAAUUAUUAUAACGAAAUCAUCUCAAUUUAUAAUGGUAUUGGUAGAUUAACCGGUUUCAAAUGACUUCGCAUCAGGUAGGUAUUAGUGUCAUAAUAUUUCCGAUUAAAUAUAAUAUUUUACACAUUUCAACGUUAUGGAAUUGUAUAUAAGACUAUGAGACGUAUUUGCGAUUAGAUUUAAGUGUAAAUUAUGUGUAUUUUAAUAAAAUAAUCGCUAUAAAUUGUUAUAACCGAUUCGCUGUAGUUUUUGUCUUUUUAACAAUUAUUGUAUUUAAAGAUAUAGUAAAUCUAAAUUGAUUAUAUAGCGAAAUAUAAAAAUAAAUACUUUAAUAUAAAACAUCAGUAUCGAAUUUAUGUUUUAGACUUUUUGCUUCGUCUUUGAUCGUACAUUUUGAAAUCUCUCGUGCAACAGUAACUUCUGGGUUCACUUUAGCUGAUAUCAUCUUUUUUUAUCUUAGUGUUACAUCUUUAUAUUCUUUGUAAUUAUAUUGAAUAAAUGUUUAUUAAAUGGA